AUGGAACGCCCACUGCGCAUGCUCGCAGUACAGCUCAAGAAGGAGGCGGGCCUACCUUCCUCCCAUUGGACCGCGGGGCCGAGUGACAGCGGUCGUCUCCCGCUUUCUCUGGUUCCAAGCUUAGGAAUGGAGGGAUCAGCAAAAUUGCAAGGGAGCGGCGGGACUCCGCUCCGAGCACGUGAACAGGGGCUGGGCUGCUGGGCUACGGCUCCUUCCUCGCCAGGACCCGGAGCAAUUCUGCGCGCAGGCCUUGGUUUGGGGCUGCGCAGGCGUGUUUGGGAAUGUCCUGGUCAUCAUUUCAAACAGCUGCACACCCCUGCGAACGUGCCGAUUUCAUCCCUGGCCUGUGCUGGCUUCUUGGUGGGAAUGACUGGGAUGCCCUUCAGCACAGUGAGGUCUGUGUGCAGCUGCUGGUACUUUAGGGAGAGUUACUGUAAAUUUCAUACAUGUUUCAUACUUCCUUCUGUUUUGCUUCUUUAUUUCAUUUAUGUUGCUGUCACUGAUCCUAUGACCUAUCCAACCAAGUUCACCGUCUGGUCGGAAAUACGCAUUGUUCUUUCUUGGUUCUUUUCUGUCACCUACAGUUGUUCCAUUUUUUACACUGGGGCCAAUGAAGAAGGAAUUGAGAAACUAGGAGUUGCUCUCACCUGUGUAGGAGGCUGUCAAGCUCCAUUGAAUCAAAAUUGUAUUCUACUUUCUUUUCUUCUAUUCUUUAUACCCACUGUCGUCAUGGUGUAUAUAUACUGUAAGAUAUUUUUGGUGGCUAAACAUCAGGCUAGGAAGAUAAAAAGUACAGUCAGCCAAGCUCAGUCCUCCUCAGAGAGUUGCAAGGAAAGAGUAGCAAAGAGGGGAAGAAAAGCUGCUAAAACAUUGGGCAUUGCUAUGGCAGCAUUUCUUGUCUCUUGGCUACCAUAUAUUAUUGAUGCUGUGAUUGAUGCUUAUAUGAAUUUUAUAACUCCUCCUUAUGUUUGUGAGAUUUUAGUGUAUGUUAAUUAUAAUUCAGCUAUGAACCCCUUAAUAUAUUCUUUCUUUUUCCCAUGA